AAAUUGCUAAAAAAAUAAUAGUCAGCGAGCCGACGUGACGAAGACAUUCAUGCAUCGCCUUUCAACGAACGGCCAAGAUCACUCCGCUUAUCCGAUCCAACGGACAGAUUCCUUCCUCCACUCCCACGCUACGUUUCCGAGCUACGUUUAAAAUGCAGAGAAUGGACGAGUCCUCUCUUUCUUUCUUCCGCGUAGAUUCCAAGAGAACGCUGUCUGAGAAUCCCCGCGAAAUUUCUAGGGUUUUUCUCCACGUUUCCGCUCGCAGAUUCGAAGAUUUUCGACGGAAUUCGUUGCAAUUGAGUGAUACAGGCAGAAUCUGGAGAUCUUGAGUCAUCACCAAGCUUUCUAAUAGAGACCAAUAAAAGCUUGGUUCUUACCAACACUCUAUAACCCUGCAAACUCAGAUGGGAUGGGGAAGCAUUCAGAGAAGGCGCCUAAAAGUAUUCACAGUUGCAUUGAUAAUCUACCUGGACUAUAAGGCAGUGCAGAAGAGAGGGAAAUGGGUUAAUAAAGCUAAAAAGGACAUUAUGUGGGAAAGAGCUCAUGAGCGCAAUGCAAAACGUGUACUCAGUUUGAUGGUAGAGUUGGAAGGGUUGUGGGUAAAACUUGGUCAGUAUUUAUCUACACGUGCAGAUGUGCUUCCUGAGGCCUAUAUAUGUCUUCUCAAGCAAUUGCAAGACUCUCUUCCUCCUCGUCCUUUACGAGAGGUUUGCCAGACCAUAGAGAAAGAAUUGGGGAAGCCCAUGGAUGCUCUUUUCGUAGAUUUUUCUGAAGAACCUCUUGCCACUGCAUCUAUAGCGCAAGUUCACCGUGCGACUCUCAACAAUGAGCGGGAGGUGGUUGUUAAAGUCCAACAUGAGGGCAUCAAGGAGGUCAUAUUAGAGGACUUGAAGAAUGCAAAGUCAAUAGUGGACUGGAUAGCAUGGGCUGAACCGCAAUAUGACUUCAACCCAAUGAUAGAUGAGUGGUGCAAGGAGGCACCAAGGGAACUUGACUUCAACUCUGAAGCUGAAAAUACAAGAUCAGUUUCUAAAAAUCUAAGUAAAAGCAAGCAGGAUGAUGCCACUCCAGGUAAUCGUGUGGAUGUGCUGAUUCCAGAAGUUAUCCAGUCAUCUGAAAAGGUCCUUAUUUUAGAAUAUAUGGAUGGGAUUCGUCUAAAUGACCAUGAAUCAUUGGAGGCAUUUGGCGUAGACAAACAAAAGAUUGUUGAAGAAAUCACUCGUGCAUAUGCUCACCAAAUAUACGUUGAUGGACUUUUCAAUGGUGAUCCUCAUCCAGGGAAUUUUCUUGUGAGCAAGGAACCUCCUCAUCGCCCCAUUUUGCUCGAUUUUGGGCUGACGAAGUCAAUAUCAAGCUCUAUGAAACAAGCCCUGGCAAAAAUGUUUCUGGCAUGUGCUGAGGGGGACCAAGUAGCACUUUUGUCUGCAUUUGCCGAGAUGGGACUUAGGUUACGCUUGGACCUGCCGGAACAGGCUAUGGAAGUAACCGGUGUAUUCUUCCGCACCUCAACACCAGCAAAAGAAGCUCUUGAAAACAUGAAAUCUCUGGCCAAUCAAAGAACGAAGAACAUGAAGAUCAUCCAAGAAAAGACGAAACUUGGGAAAAAGGAACUAGCACGGUUUAAUCCUGUUGAUGCUUUUCCAGGUGAUGCUGUUAUAUUCAUGCGGGUUAUAAAUCUGCUUCGAGGGCUUUCGUCCCUUCUAAACGUCAGCAUAGUUUAUUUAGACAUCAUGAGGCCAUUUGCCGAGUCUGCUCUACGAGGAAGUAUUAGAACUGGAUCUGCAAUGGAUGCACAGUGGAUCUAUAACACACCUGUUCUGUCUGAUGUGGAAGCCAAGCUGAGGAAACUGUUAGUUGAGCUUGGAAAUGAUAAAAUACUUGGAAUUCAGGUAUGCGCCUACAAGGAUGGAAGGGUUGUAAUAGAUUCUGCUGCUGGCAUGCUUGGAAGAUACGAUCCUCGGCCUGUUCAGCCAGAUACCCUGUUUCCAGUUUUCUCUGCAACAAAGGGGAUAACUGCAGGAAUGUUACAUUGGCUUGUUGAUAAUGGGAAGCUGAAGUUAGAGGAAAAUGUCGCCAAUAUUUGGCCCGGCUUCGAUACCAACAGGAAAGAUCUAAUAAAGGUUCACCAUGUGCUUAAUCAUACAUCUGGUCUGCACAAUGCAUUGGCUGAUGUCUCAAAGGAGAAUCCUUUGUUCAUGUGUGAAUGGGAUGAAUGUUUGAAUCGUAUUGCUACAGAAACCCCUGAAACUGAACCUGGGCACGAGCAACUGUAUCACUACUUGUCUUUUGGUUGGCUUUGUGGUGGAAUUAUAGAGCAUGCAUCUGGGAAGAGAUUUCAAGAGGUCCUGGAAGAAGCAAUCAUUCACCCACUCAACAUCGAAGGCGAGCUAUAUGUUGGCAUUCCUCCCGGUGUAGAAUCUCGACUAGCAACUCUCACUCUCGACACAGAUGAUCUCAACAAUCUUACCGGGAUCAAUGGCCACCGACCGGAACUUCCCUCUACCUUCCAAGCAAGCAACUUAUCAAACAUUGUGUCAACCCUCCCUGUCAUCUUCAACACCCUAGCUGUGCGUCGUUCUAUCAUUCCUGCUGCCAAUGGGCACUGUUCGGCUCGUGCAUUGGCACGAUACUAUGCGGCACUCGUCGCCGGUGGUCUCGUCCCGCAACCGCACACACCUUAUGAGCCGCCUCUUGGCAGCCACCCCCACAUCCCAAAGUUACCUUCCUUGCAACCUCAAAAGAAGAAAGGAAGCAAAAGCAAGGAAGUAGCUGUUCCAAAGAACACUCUAGACACCAUAACUAAUAAUCUCACUAACCCUAAAAAACAUAGUCGAAGUAAAAGCAAGGAUAGUGAUACUACUAAUGAUACUGGCAACUGCAGUACAGACAACAUCAAUGGCAGUAGCAGGCAAAGAGGUGAUAGGAUUUUUAGUAGCCCAAGAAUUCAUGAUGCAUUCUUGGGUGUGGGCGAUUAUGGAAAUUUGACUUUGCCGAAUGGGAAAUUUGGGCUUGGGUUUACCAGGCUUAGCUGCAGCGAUGGAUCGUUGACGGGUUUUGGGCACUCAGGGAUUGGUGGGUCAACAGGUUUCUGCAACAUUGAGCAUGGAUUCGCAAUGGCGGUGACUGUCAAUAAGAUGUCUCUUGGAACUGUUACCAGAAAAAUAAUUCAGCUGGUAUGCUCAGAGCUAAAUGUGCCUUUGCCUGAUGAGUUGUCCAGAUCUGGGGAAAACGGGCCGGAUAUGCAGCCAAACUUAGGGAAUGCCUUGAUUAAUUAGCAAACCAGAUUCUUUUCCCAACAGCACCUUUUUUAUUUGUACGGUGCUUGGUCAAUACUUCCAUCCAUGGAAGCAAAUCUCAGGCAGUUUUUCCAUUGCCUGUUGUUGCAUUGGGUAAAACUGAAAUUUUGCCAUUUCAAAUUUCUACAUGACAUUUUUGUGUGCUAUAUGUAAAAUGAAUUAUAUUCCUUUAUGGGCCCACCUGAGUUAUGGGUCAAUGUCUCAUCAUCAUCAUCUUCAUCUUUAGCCUUAUGGGACCAUGUCUGCUUCCCAAAAUAUAUCAAUAUCUUUGUCUGAUGCGUUGAUAUCUAUUUUCAUGCAUUACAAGUGCAUCAUGGAUUAUAAUC